AUGUUAUUUCUCAGAGGACCAUCAUUACCUCCGCAAACAACAUACCACUUCCAUUCACACUCCAAACUGAACCGAAUAUGGCAGAACCACCAUAUAAACGGUCAAGGCGAGACUUCGACUCCGAUCGCCCUCCCGUUGACUCUCGGAACCCUCGCGACAGGCGCGGUGGAAGGCAAGACCUGGACCGUGGCAACGACCGAAAUAGAUCGUACAGAUCAAGAACACCCGAGCGCCCACGCGACCGUGACCAUGAUCGCGACAACCAGCGCUAUGACCGUGGUGGUGGACGACGAGAUGAUCGCAGAGAUCGCGACGGCGGACGGAGAGACGAACCGCGCAGAGAUGACAGAGGCAGACAUGGCCCCCGGGAUAUGGACAGGGAUGGAGAUCGGAGGCAAUACAGAGAUGAUCGAGGCCCUCGAGACGGUGACCGAGGUCAACGCGACAGAAGGAGAGACGGAGAAGGCGACUCGAAGCGCCGAAGCAGAAGCCCGCGUGGAGAACGUUCCCGGGAAAGAGAACCAUCUGCGGAUGCCGCGCACCCCAAUAUGA